AUGUUAACGACAAUUAAUUACCACAAGAAAUGUAUCGCCAACAAAAGAAAUCGUCUCCGUAUAGGACUCCUUGGAAAUCCCAUAACAUGCGACUGCCUCAUGAUGGAUUUUAUUGAAAACUACCGCAGUGAAAUAGACAGCGAUACCGAAUGCUUCCAACCCAGCAAAUUGAAAGAAAAACUUGUUACAGAGCUUCUCAGAAAUGAAACCCGUUGCCUUCUACCAGAUGAGUGUCCAGAGAAAUGUAUGUGCUCAACGCAAGAAUUCAACAAAACGCUGGAAAUAGAUUGCCGUAACGAGAAUUUGAUAUCAUUCCCUUUAUUAAACUCGAUUGAUCCAUGGCUUUCAAUGAUGAAACUCAACAUAUCAAACAACAGUAUCGAACAGCUCCCGUCAUAUGAACUGUGCCCACUUUGCAAUUUGAUCACGCAUCUCUUAGCAAGAAACAACUCUAUAGCUUCUUUGAAUUUCAGCUGGCCUUCCAAUCGUCUUGAAGUGAUCGACCUGUCCAAUAAUUUCCUAUCAAAUCUGUCUGACAUCGACCAUCUAUUGAAUCGGACCCAGCAAAGCGCAUCGAUUCUCAUAUCAGGAAAUCGUUUCCAAUGCGAUUGUGACUCCAUUCCAUCAAUGCAGCGCAUCCUGGCUCAAAAAUCAAGAAUCCUGGAUUACGAUCAGCUCCUCUGCAUAAACAUCGGACAACAUCCGAACCGUAUCACCCUGAGUCAGCUUUGUAAGAAUCAUCAGACAGUGCUGAUAACGAUAUCAGCGUGGAGUCUUUUCGUGCUGGUGGUUCUUUGUGCGUGUAUCGAGAUCUACCUCCGUCACGAAACGACCAUCAAAAUUUGGCUCUAUUCCCACAAUCUAUGCCUGUCAAUCGUCACCGAGGAAGAACUCGAUCGAGACCGCUUGUAUGACGCCUUCAUCGCGUAUGCUCACGAAGAUGAACAGUUCGUGGCCGAAAACCUGCUUCCGGUGCUGGAGUCAAGUCCGUUCAAUUUUCGCAUCUGCAUACAUGUUCGGGAUUGGAUUCCCGGGGAGUCCAUUCUCAAUCAGAUCAACCAUUCGAUCGAUUCUUCCCGUCGAACCAUCGUGGUCCUUUCGAAGAACAUGCUUCGAUCGACCUGGGGACAGCUGGAGUUUCGGACGGCGCAUCUCAACUCGCUGACCGAACGAAGAGUCCGGGUGAUAGUCAUCAUCCUUGGAGACAUCGCAAGCGAGCAGCAUCUUUUCGACGAGGAUUUGCAGGCUUACCUGAAAAGCAAUACUUAUGUCCAGUGGGGUGAUGCGUGGUUUUGGAAGAAACUACGGUACGCGAUGCCCCAUUCUGUUGAUACGAAGGGGUUAAAAUCUUCUGUUACCGAAUUUAAAUUACUACGAUUAAAUCACGAUUUUAACCCGUAUGAAACAAAGACAUGUAAAUAA